GGAGCUGUGUGUGCACGGAGAGGAGUAGCGAGCAGCUGGAGCGGAGUUGGAGGAAGCUACGGCCCUGGCGAAGGCGGUGGACUAGGGGAUCGGAGAUUUAGCACUAGAAUCGGGAACGGCCGGUGGGUCGGGGCUGGAUCGGAGGUGCGUCGGAGCCGUGAGUUUAGGAGGCCGCUAUAGCACCAGCCCAGCAGAGGAAGGAAGCCGGCCGGCGGGGAGGUGAAGCUGAGUGUGGAGUGCGACAGUGAAAUCAGACGACAGAUGGACAGUGUGACAGGAGCAGCAGAGAGGAUUGGGCCUCGCUGUGAGAGUCAGCCUGGAGUCAAUGUGUUGACAAGUUGCUGAAAAGGAAGCAGGCAGGACUGUGGCACACAGAGGAAGCGGAGCCCUGUCUUCAGUCACACCAUUGAUGGAGGACAGAUGGACAGCCGAAUGGCCAGUCAGCUCUCCUAGUAAACCUUUGGAGAGUAGUCCUUUGUCCUCUGCUGGACACCUAUUAGGAUUUUUAACACACUCUCUGAAUUCAUUUUCCAUUAAAACGUAAAAUUAGACGACAGUGCACAGCCGGACGCAUCUGUUGCAUGGUAACAGAUCAGCAAACAUGAGUGCGGAAGGGUACCAGUACAGAGCGCUGUAUGACUAUAAGAAAGAGAGGGAAGAAGACAUUGACUUGCACCUGGGUGAUAUUUUGACUGUGAAUAAAGGAUCUUUAGUAGCGCAUGGAUUCAGUGAUGGACAGGAAGCCCGGCCUGAAGACAUUGGGUGGUUAAAUGGCUAUAAUGAAACCACCGGGGAGAGGGGAGACUUCCCGGGAACUUAUGUUGAAUAUAUUGGAAGGAAAAAAAUCUCACCUCCUACUCCAAAACCCCGGCCACCUCGACCCCUUCCUGUUGCACCAGGUUCUUCAAAAACUGAAGCAGACAAUGAGCAACAAGCGCUUACACUUCCUUUCGUAUGUGUCUUUGACCCUUCCGAUCUGGCAGAACAAUUUGCCCCUCCUGACAUUGCCCCUCCUCUACUUAUCAAGCUCGUGGAAGCCAUUGAAAAGAAAGGUCUGGAAUGUUCGACUCUAUACAGAACACAAAGCUCCAGCAACCCUGCAGAAUUACGACAGCUUCUUGAUUGUGAUGCUGCCUCCUUGGACUUGGAAAUGAUCGAUGUGCAAGUUUUAGCAGACGCUUUCAAACGCUAUCUCCUGGACUUACCAAAUCCCGUCAUUCCAGUAACUGUUUACAGUGAAAUGAUUUCUUUAGCCCAAGAAGUACAAAGCUCCGAAGACUACAUCCAGCUGUUAAAGAAGCUUAUUAGGUCGCCUAACAUACCUCAUCAGUAUUGGCUUACGCUUCAGUAUUUGCUAAAACAUUUCUUCAAGCUCUCUCAAACCUCCAGCAAAAAUCUCUUGAAUGCAAGAGUGCUCUCCGAAAUUUUCAGCCCUAUGCUUUUUAGAUUCCCAGCAGCCAGCUCUGAUAAUACUGAACACCUCAUAAAAGUUAUAGAAAUUUUAAUCUCCACUGAAUGGAAUGAACGACAGCCAGCACCAGCACUGCCUCCUAAACCGCCCAAACCCACCACUGCAGCCAACAACGGUAUGAACAACAAUAUUUCCUUACAGGAUGCUGAAUGGUACUGGGGAGAGAUCUCGAGGGAAGAAGUGAAUGAAAAACUUCGAGAUACAGCAGAUGGAACCUUUCUGGUACGAGAUGCCUCUACUAAAAUGCACGGUGAUUAUACUCUUACACUAAGGAAAGGAGGAAAUAAUAAAUUAAUCAAAAUAUUUCACCGAGAUGGAAAAUAUGGCUUCUCUGACCCAUUAACCUUCAAUUCUGUGGUUGAAUUAAUAAACCACUACCGGAAUGAAUCUCUAGCUCAGUACAAUCCCAAACUGGAUGUGAAAUUACUUUAUCCAGUGUCCAAAUACCAACAGGAUCAAGUUGUCAAAGAAGAUAAUAUUGAAGCUGUAGGGAAAAAAUUACAUGAAUAUAACACUCAAUUUCAAGAAAAAAGUCGGGAAUAUGAUAGAUUAUAUGAAGAAUAUACUCGUACUUCCCAGGAAAUCCAAAUGAAAAGAACAGCUAUUGAAGCAUUUAAUGAAACCAUAAAAAUAUUUGAAGAACAGUGCCAAACCCAGGAGCGGUACAGCAAAGAAUACAUAGAAAAGUUUAAACGUGAAGGCAAUGAAAAAGAAAUACAGAGGAUCAUGCAUAAUUAUGAUAAGCUAAAGUCUCGAAUCAGUGAAAUUAUUGACAGUAGAAGGAGGUUGGAGGAAGACUUGAAGAAGCAGGCAGCUGAGUAUCGUGAGAUUGACAAGCGUAUGAACAGCAUCAAACCAGACCUCAUUCAACUGAGAAAGACCAGGGAUCAGUACUUGAUGUGGUUGACUCAAAAAGGUGUCCGGCAAAAGAAGCUGAACGAGUGGCUGGGCAACGAGAACACCGAAGACCAAUAUUCUCUGGUGGAAGACGAUGAGGAUUUGCCCCACCAUGAUGAGAAGACAUGGAAUGUCGGAAGCAGCAACCGAAACAAAGCCGAAAACUUAUUGCGAGGGAAGAGAGAUGGUACUUUUCUUGUCCGGGAGAGCAGUAAGCAGGGCUGCUACGCCUGCUCUGUAGUAGUGGAUGGUGAAGUCAAGCAUUGUGUCAUCAACAAGACGGCGACUGGCUACGGCUUUGCGGAGCCCUAUAACCUGUACGGCUCCCUGAAGGAGCUGGUGCUACAUUACCAACACACCUCCCUGGUGCAGCACAAUGACUCCCUCAACGUCACGCUAGCGUACCCGGUGUAUGCACAGCAGAGGCGAUGAAGCGCACCUCCAUCCUGUUCCUGACGUCCAGCCACACUGAGGCCUCUGGAAAGCAAAGGGCUCCGCUCCAGCCUGACCUGUGAAUCGGGCUGCAGAAGGGAAGCUGUCUGUCUUCAGAUGGGACUAGAGCUUUCUUGGACAAAAAAGAAGUAGGGGAACACUCGCAGCCUAGGGCUGCAGGAUGAUCAGAUGUCUCUAACCCAGACUGCUUAUCCUUUUCUCUCUUUCUCUCUCUCUCUCUCUUUUUUCUUUUGGUUUAAUUUAAAGCCACAAACACAACACAAAGAGAAAAAGAAAUGCAAAAAUCUCUGCGCGCAGGGACAAAGAGGCCUUUAACCAUGGUGCUUGUUAAUGCUUUCUGAAGCUUUACCAGCUACAAGUUGGGACUUUGGAGACCAGAAGGUAAACAGGGCUGAAGAGCCCGCGCCCGAGAACGCUGGGUCCAGCCUGGUUUAGCCUGGGUGUCGCUGUGUACGGUGGGCCCAGACGCAUCGCACUGUGGAUUAUUUCAUUUCCUAACAACUGAACGAUAUGUAGCAGAAAGGCACUUUGCUCAUGAGGGGCACUUUGGGAGAACAUCAGUUCGUGUGUCUUCAAGGGGAAAUCUGUUGUAGCAAAGUGCCAUAAAGUGUUUUGUUUAAACUUGUCAAGACAAAAAAACAACCCACCAACAGAAAAAUGGAGCAUGGAACACAGGACUUACAAUGACAUUCAGUAUAUCAAAUAUGUACAUACUAUUGGAUGACUAACUAUCAAAUAGAUGGAUUUGUAUCAAAACCAAAUAGCUUCUUUUUUUGUUUUGCUGAAGGCUAAAUGCACAGCGCUAUGCAAUUCUUAAUUUUCAUUGUUAUCAGUUUUAAAAUAUACCUUCAGAAUAAGCUUCCCCCAUCCCCGUUUUUGUUGCUUGAAAAUACUGUCUGAUUUUUGUUAAUAUUCAUUUUGUUAUUCUUAUCCUUUUUUAAAAGAAAUGUACAGAAUGCCAGUUUAAAAAAAAAUGGCUUCAGAAUUAAAACUAUGAAAUAAUUUUACAGUUUUUCUUGUACAGAGUACUUGGCUGUUAGCCCAAGGUUAAAAAGUUCAUAACAGAUUUUUUUGGACUAAAUGUUUUGUUGGGCAGUGCCUGAUAAGCUUCAAAGCUGCUUUAUUCAAUAAAAAAAAAAAAAAAGAAAGAAAAAGAUGUAUGAAUAUGACAAA